AUGGUGAGCGAUCGUACCACGGGAAACCCACUCAGUGCGGGUUCGCUCUCGCUGUUCAUGGCAACAUGCCUUCCCAGUGGCGAGGGACCGCAGCUGAAGAAUCCAACCGAAGCCAUUGCGCUUGCUGUCAAUGCAGGCAUGAUUGCAGUCGGUUUCAGGCUCAUCGGCUUGGGCGAAGACGACAAGAUAGCCUAUGCAGACGCUGAAGAUCCACGGUCACUUCCCCCAGCAUGGAAUGCAUCCUCAUCCUACGCCUUCCGCUAUGCGCACGCGCAGUCUGCUAUGCAAUUCCUGGUCAAGGUCAACAGGCUGGGCGGCAAGGCAGUCAUCUACGCCCUCGCCCUUGGUGACGACAAGACCACGCAUUUCGAGGUCACGACCAAAGACUAUCUCUCAGAGUCACAACUACCGCUCAGCAUACCAGAAGGCACAUCGACAGAGGACAAGGCGAAGAAGAUGCAGGAUCUAUUUAUAUCAGAGGGAAGAUUAAACGACCUGGGCGCGCUGCUUAAGAUAUCAGUCAUACAAAAACUCGCCCCUAGUCUUCACAAAUCAGGGUAUGAGGAAAGUAACUCGGAGCGAGAGCGUACACCCACAGCAGAUCGCCCAGGGCCACAGAGAGGAGAUGCUCCCAACCCACGACAACCGCCCAAUGAUCCUGAACCAGCGCGACCCUACCCAUUCAACGACCCACUAGCCGCACGCCCGCAGCCCGGCAGACCGCUCCCAGAGCCCAUACCCGGUUUCGAAGAUGAGUACGACCUCAACCGACCAAGAGGUGACCUUCGCGACAGCCGAAGUCCACUCAACAUUGGUCACGAUGAUCUAUACCCACCAGGACUCGGCCCCCACGACCCCCUGCGUCCACAUCUUGCUGGCGGUCUACCACGACCAGGUGGAGGGUUUGGCGGUGGCAUGCACCCAACAUUUGACGAUCCAUUGUUCCGUGGACAGGGCGGUCAAGGAGGCUAUGACCCCAUGGCUCCUCCAGGUGCACGCUACGACCCUAUUGGCCCUGGGGAUCCGCUGAGAGACAACCGAGGUGGUCCACGAUUCCCAGGCGGAGGCGGCUUCGGCGGGCCAGGUGGACGGCCGCCUAAUCCAUUCGGCGGGUUUGGUAAUGGGGAUUUCAUCUGA